CCCUCCUCUCGUUCCCCGCCAUUACCAACACGCUCUUCUCCACCACCACACACGAAGCAACGAGUGUCAAGACCAAAGGCGACUAACGCCACACCACUCCCAGCUCUCGUCUUCCCACGAGCGACCCCAAUGCGUGGCCAGACAAGUGCCCGCAUCAGCGUCAUGUUUGGCGUUCUGGUGGCAGGUGCCCUGCUGCUGCUGCUGUCAACAACGUCUGUGGCCGGCCAGAAUGCGACCACGUCAACCCAAACAGGGUUUACCACCACCGCCGCCACCUCAACGACGACGACGACGAGCACAACCACAACCACAACAACCACAACCACAACCACAACCACAACAACCACCACGACCACUACUACCACUCUUGCUCGUGCAGUGAGCCCCAAGGUGCAAACUGUAGAUGGCAACUUGGAGUUGAUUGUCCCGUCCGGUAUCGUUGUCUUCCGCGAGGGCGAAGCCGAAACCACUCUCUCUUCUCUUCGCAACGACAUUGAUGUUCGUGUGGAUGCAGUGGAUGUCAAGCACACCAUGAGCACACAAGUCUUGCGGUCUGAUCUCGACACUGAGGCGGCAACGCGGGAAAGAUCAAUUGGCUCCCUUGAGGCAGCCAUUGAAUCGACGUCCCAGUUUGUCAAUGGCAACCUGGCUGGCAAAGCCCAAAGCCUGGAGACUGCUCUCACGUCCACAGCAAGCGACAUCACAAUGCAGCUGACAGACAUCACAUCGAGUACAACUAGCCUGCACGAGCGCACCAAUGCCGUGUCAAGUGCAAUGGCCACAGCACAAACGUCAUUGGAGAAUGCGGUGGUGUCUGCCAUCGAAACGGCACACAACGGAGACGAAAGCGUUGCCGAGCAGGCUGCCAUGUCCAUCGCGCACGUCCUGGGCAACCAAGCCUCCUUACAGCAGGCAUUCAUUGCUGCAGAUGGCUCCUUGGAAGCCAAGCUUGAAGCUGCCGAGAGCGGCCUAACCGAAGCCAUCUCCGAGGCGAUGUCCUCAUUGAAAGGCGCAGAUACGCAACUCGGGCAACGCAUUGAUGGCGUGCAUUCCGCCACUGUCUCCUUGCACACACGUACAAAUGGCUUGCAGGGAGCCAUUGGACAGCAAUCGCAAGAGCUGCAGGCUUUGAUCACGACGACCGCCAAUGAUGUUAGGAACGAUCUGAAUGCUGCCAUCCAAAACUCGGCCAGCACCCUCAAUAGUGUCAUCAACUCGAAGACGGCGCAAGUGUCGGGCGAUGUGAAUGCACUGAAUGCAAAGCUGACACAAACAGAAGCCGCGCUGGCUGCCGCCCGCGAUCUUGCCUGCGGCUCGCUUGCCUACGCCACAAACGACAAUCCAAACGGCAGGUGCCAGCCUGAAGCCCCAAUCGACAUGCGGUAUCACGGCAUGAGAGACACCCGAGAUGGGCCCACAUCCUGGGCCAAUAUCAUUGACAGGGCCCUCACCUUUGAUAAGCAAGGGUCUCAGGGCGAAACUGUCCUCAAAAUCUCGUACACAGACACGCAUGGCUUUUAUGCAACCUCAUCCUCGUCCACGGCUGGCGCCUACCGCUUGUUGGUCAACGGCGAAUGUCAUCAGAACCGAUGCUACAAGUACUUGCACAGCGACGGUUACGUUGGUUGGAACAUCUUUUCAAACACGUGGACGUGGUGGCUCCACGACAUCAGCGCUGGCAGACAUAACCUCGUCAUGCAGCACUACCGUGAUGCUGCGCGGUCGUCUUACUUCCUUGCGGGGUGGUCAAACAACGCACAAGAGAACCACUUGGUCGUUGAGGAAAUCCCUGUUCGUGAUGUCACGGUGUCCAAGAAUUUUCCUGAUGUGCGCACACGAACAACUUCCUGGACAGACGUGCCGGAACGCGUUGUCACACACUUCAAGCACGACGAUUCCACGGAUCUGCAAAUCAUUUUCUCGGAGACGAUUGGUUUGAACCAGUACCAGCACACGACAGCGUGCGGAUUCCAAGCAAUCAUGUACGGGCCUGCAUACCCAGGCGGUAUUAACAUUGGCUACCACUACUCCCACAGCCAUGGCGGGCGCAACUGGCGCAUCUGGCCAGCCGAUGUCCAAUACUACGCCCAGCGCUCCACGCUCAACCUCCCUCGCGGCAAAUACACCGUCAAGCUUCAGUGGAGGCGAGAGGCCGGUGCAUAUGAGUGUCUUGCUGGCUGGCCUGGCUCCGAGGCCAACAGUAUCGCCAUCAUUGAGAAACACCCGCAACGGUUGGCCAUCGCACCUCCAAACCUCUACUCCGGCUCAACCCGCGUGCGCCUCCCCGACAUCCGCAACCGCGGCAGCGCCAGAUGGGAGAAUGUUGCAAACAGGGCUGUGUCCUUCAACAAGAAAUUCUCGACCAGCAUCAUCCGCGUCACAUACACAGACACGCUUGGGUUCUACGCUGUCGGCCACGCUGAUACGUGCCGUUGGCGAUUGUUGGUGAACGGAGGAUCAACGGCGGGCACCCGCGAGAUGUUCAACCACGCAAGUACGGCUGGUGGAUGGCGUAUCAACAGUCACACUUACAUCUGGUACCCUUCUGUGUCCACCGGAGUGUCUACGUACACGAUCCAGACCUACCGCAACCCAAGCGGCGCUUCAGAAUGCCUGAACGGAUGGUCAACCUCGAACCAUUUCCUCCUGGUGGAAGAGAUCGUUCAAGGAACAACAGCCUAA